AUGGGCCGCGUGCUGGGCCGCCUGUCCACGUCGCCCCCGGCCCCCAAGCUGGUCGCCCCAGUGACCGACAUGCUGCGCGGGGCGGCAGAGUACGCACCAGCCUGGCUGGCGGCACUGCUGUCGACCAUCGGCGUGCUCCCGGGCGCUGACACGGUGGUGGCGCGCUUCAUGGCCUCGUCCGGCGCGCAGGGCGCGGCGCUGACGCGCACCACGGCUGCUGUGACGGGUGUGACUGCGGGUGUUGCGGACAACGUGCUGCCCCAGCAGGGCACCAUCAACAUCAACACGCGGCUGCUGCCCGGUGACACCCCCCAGGACGUGCUGACAUACCUCACCUCAGUCAUUGGGCCCAAGGACAUGGCCCGUGUCACCCUGGAGCUGGGGCCCCCCGGCACCAGCCAGCCGCCAUCACCCGUGACUCCCGUUGACGGGCCGCACUACAAACUGCUGAAGCAGGCCAUCCAGGAGUUCUGGCACGUUGAUGAGGAGCCUGUGGCGGUGCUGCCCGUCCUGCUGCCAGGCGUCACUGACAGCCGCCACUACGGGUCCCUGACGGUUCACGGCUGCAUGCGCUUCAUGCCCUUGGGCCAGUCCGCGGCGACAGACGUGACCCGCAUCCACAGCACAGACGAGCGCACCUCGGUGGAUUACUACCGGGGCCAGCUCUGCACCACACGCCGCGUGCUGCAGCUGCUGGGGGAACUGGGGGGCGCGGGGCAGGGCGCAGGGCGCAGCAAGGGCGCGGAGGCUCAGCCAGAGCUGUGA